CAUGCUCUGACUUGGUCUUCUCAAAGACUGACAUCAUCUUUCUUCCUGUGUGCAAAAUUGAGAAGUUCUGUCAAGGAAGUUAAUGAGUGAAGUGGACAAGAGAGACCUAAAGGAAACUCAAGCUGAGCUUCAAGUCCUUGCAGGGUGCUGGCAUUUGUCACCUCCAAGGACAGGAGAGGGGACCACACCAUGUGGCAGAUCUCUGCUCUGCUCUUCCUCUUCCUCCCAGGCUACUCCACUGCUCAAGAUUUACUCAUAGGACCAGAGAAAGUGAGUGGUCAGGAGCAGGGCUCCCUGACCGCGCGGUGCCAAUAUGCCUCACACUGGAAGGAUUACAGCAAGUACUGGUGCCGAGGAUCUAGUUGGCAUCUCUGUGGGAUCCUCGUUGAAACCGAUGCAUCAGAGCGGUUGGUGAAGAAGAACCGUGUGUCCAUCAGGGACAACCAGACACACUUCAUCUUCACAGUGACCAUGGAGGACCUGAGGAUGAGCGAUGCUGACAUUUACUGGUGUGGAAUUACAAAAGUUGGAUAUGAUCUUAUGUCUAAAAUUCAUUUGAGCAUUGACCCAGGUUGGAGCCCUGGGAGCAGUAAAAAAAUUCUGGAGCCCACCAGAUCCUCACCAGUUGACACUCAGCCCGGCGUGACCACAAAUGACACAAUUCCUGCUUCCAGCCCACGGUACAUUCUGGGCAGCCUCUACUUAUGCAUCCUGGUGUUUCUGGAGUUGCCCCUGUUCCUGUGCAUGCUCUGUGCCGUCCUGUGGGUGAACAGGCCUCAGACGUGGUCUGGGAGACAAGGCAUUCAGCCCUAUUAUGAGAACCAGUGAAGUCUGUUGACAUGGAGGCCCUGUCCCUGGAUGCAUCACUCUGGUGGCCAAGGACAACCAGUAAACCUGUGUUCUUGAGAAUGCUCUGACACUCUGCACGUGUCAAACACAUAAAGAAUGUGCCCUAGGGGCUGGGGAUUUAGCUCAGUGGUAGAGCGCUUACCUAGGAAGCGCAAGGCCCUGGGUUCGGUCCCCAGCUCCGAAAAAAAGAACCAAAAAAAAAAAAAAAAAAAAGAAUGUGCCCUACAUAUACUGGCUGGAGAGAUGGCUCUGAGGUUAAGAGCACCGGCUGCUCUUCCAGAGGUUCUGAGUUCAAAUCCCAGUAACAACAUGGUGGCUCACACCCACCUGCAAUAGGAACUGAUGCCCUCUUCUGGUGUGCAGGUGCACAUGCAGAUAGUACACUCAUAUAGUAAAUAAAUUAAUUAUAAUUAAAUAAAUAGACUUAUAGUACAGUACCUUUACUUAUUCUUUGGUAAGUUCACAUUUGUGUACAACAUGACUCUAUCAUGUACACCUGCGUCCCCACCCUCCCACUCCCUCAGGCCUGUGUUCCCUCCUCCCCUCCAUGUCCCCUCCCACUUCUCCCAUUUCUCUUUUUCUUUUUAUAUCUCACCGAGAACGUUUAGUGCCUCCUGACUGGAUGCUAGCUGACCUUGCUGACUUGGACUUGGGCAUGUGACCAUGGCUGCAGUGACCUCAGGAUCAGGAGACAAAGCCACAUUCAGAACACAGCAUUUCAGGGCACUCUCCUCCCCUACCUCUGCCUGUGGAACUCUUUCCUCUCCCUCACGCCUUGGGGUGGGAUGGCGGUGUCCUACAGGGCUGAGCACUCGAUGGUCACCUACACCACAGCAGAAGGAAACAUCGCCAACUAAGGCCAGGGCAGCGACAUUAAAGGGUAGAGACAUAGAUUAGAGGACAAUUUGACAGUUUCCCAAUAAAAUGUAUACUUUCCAUGAGAAAUACCCAAUGCACUGUGUCCUCCAGAUUCACUAAUAGAAUGCGGUCUAUACUGAUGAUCCCCCUGUCUAAUGUCACAUCCCUGCUUCCCAGCCACCCCGGAGACAUCCUGAAUCUAACACUUAUAUCUGCUUGGCUUAAGGCUUUGCCGCAUACAUGCUCAUGGGCUGCCAAGGGUGUAUUUUUUAGCUUCUCUGGGUUUGAUUGUCAUAUAAACAAAGUUAUACUUUUUUUGUUUUACAUAGAAUCUCACUAUGGAUGUCUGGUCCAGAAUUCACUAUAUAGACCCGAUUGGCCUUGAACUCAGAAAUUCACCAGCAUCGUCAUACCAGGACAGAUGUUAGAUUUUUCCCCACUGUUCUAGACUAACCCCAAAGCCUGAUUCAUAGAACAAGCACUUUGCCACAGAGAUGCACCCCACCCUCCCCUCCUGUCUGUCUGUCUGUCUGUCUCAUUUUUUCCAUCCUUUCUUCUUCCUUUUUUGUCAUUAAUAGGGUCUCCCUACAUAGCCCAGGCUAGUUUGCAACCCCCAAUCCUGUUCCUCCUGCCUCUGCCUUCCUGGUUCUGGGAUUACAGCCAUGUGCUACCAUGCUCAGUUACCUGCUUCAUUUCUAAGUCUUGUGGCUUUUCCAGUUUAUAUUGUGUCUUCGAGGUUCCCACAACUGAUAUGUGGAUGCUCUAACAUGCACCCUGUCUGUGCUACACUCUCGGUGGCUAUGUAAGCACCCAAGACAGCAUUUUUGCCUUCUGUUGUUAAACACUUAAAGCCUCUUUUCCUUUUCCCUUCUCUCUCCUUCCCUCCUCAUCCUCAUCUUCUUCCUCC